GAAGAACGUGGAGCCCGACCGUCCAGCACCACCACACAAGGACGCUGACAACGCAUCCUGGGAAAGGGGGACGCACAGGAGCUGUGGGUUUCAGUGCCUGCCUGUUUUCCAUGAGCACAGAACUGAAGAAGAGGGUGAGGCUGGAAGCAGUGCCCUCUUCCUCCAAAGCGGGACCCCUAGCUGAGCCGUGUACGACCCCUGAACCCCAAACCUCGAACACCAAACCUCGGCAGGGAGCUGGAGCAGGGCCUUUGCACAGGCCGGCGCUGCUGGGAUGAGCUCCCGCAACAUGUCCUGGGUCCGGUACCCGAGCCGCGUCUCCACGGCGCUGGAAGACGUCAUCGCCUCCCAGGACAUCAUCUCCAGGUGUGUGCAGGUCUACAUGGCUCUGCUCGUCCCAGUGAGCUUGGUGACCGGGCUGUUCAACUUGACCACCUUCAUCCGGGGCCGCGCCAGGCUGGGGCACCUGGAUGCAUUCCUCUCAGACCUCACUGUCACCAAUGUGCUGGUGACGCUGCUCUCACUCACCGCCGCCAGCCGGCCAGACUACCUGGACACAACCCACCUGGGCUGUGCUAUCCUCUCCUUUCUGUCCAACGUCUGCUACUUCAAUGCCCAGUACGUGCAGCUGGCCAUGCUCUUUGUGUUCCUGCUGCAGGGUCCCUCGUUCUGUCUGUGCAUGGCCACCAAGGGGGCCCCCGGACUUGUGCUGGGCCUGGUCGCCCUUGGGGGCUGUGCCCUCUGCAGCUCCCUGGGAGUGGUGGCCCUGCUGGGCACGUCCGGAGAGCUGCACAGACCCACUCUGUGCCAGCUGGACCCGCUGACUGCCUGGCCUGAGUAUGAAAUCGUCAAGGUCUGCCUGGGCUGCGGACUUGCGCUCAUCCUGGAGCUGGCAUUCCUCACCCUGCUGGCCGUCCAGCGGGCCCGGCCGGCAGCUCCACCCCAGAGGGACGCAGGCUCUGCUCACCCAGCAGUGGUGGCCGUUGCCCUGACCACAUUCGCCUGCCGACUCCCCUACAACAUCACACUCCUGCAGCGGGCCCGGCUGAAGCUGCUGGGGGACAUCGGCUCGCCCAGGGAUGAGCUCCGUCUGAGCCUCGCAGAGCUGGUCCUGUUUGGGGAGAGCUGCGUGAACUCCUUGGUGACCCUCUUCCUCCACAAGCCGUGCAGGCUGGCACUGCUGGCCCUUCCAGGGCGUCUCUCCCGAAGGUGCAGGAGAGGAGGGAGGCCAGCGGCAGCUUCUCCUUCCAGCGAGUAGGGAGCGAGGUCUGAGCCCUGCCCACCAGAAAUGGGCAGGACUGGCAGGUGAGGGUCCUUCCUGGCAGUUGGGGAACACUACGAGUUUGCUGAAACUCAGUGUGCCGGUGUGGGGGACAGGACUGGAAGACAUGUGUUACAUACCAGCUUUCUGGCACUCGACUCAACUUACACACGAGGCCUUGGCCCAAACCAACACACUAAAGGAUGCCCACAAGUGACGGGCGGGUGGACAUGGGAGAAGCCACCACUCCCAGGUGGAGCAGGCGGGAAUGCGCGGCACAUGAGGAGGCUCCGGCUUGGUCUGCCCGCUGGCUGGCAUCUCUCUCUAGCUCUACCCCAACCAAACAACCAAGAAGGAACCAGGAGAGAAAGGCAUGAUUCAAGUAACUUUAAGAUCCGGUCCUAAGUGGUCGUAGUUGCUUAGUCUUCAGCUACCAUGUGAAUCUUGCCAAGAACGAACAAGUUUAUCAUCCUCACUGAGGUCCGAGAGCCACGCACAGCCUUACGCACACUACCAGGAUGGCAGGCACGAGCCCUGCGACAGCCCACCCUGCUCCUGUGACCUGGCGGGCCGCGUGCCCAUCGCCAGGCGCUCCGGGGAGGGCAGUGAAAAGCUGUUCCCAAAGCGCCAUCUGUUCUAUUUGACAUGAUUUGCAGAAAAGCUAGGAACACAUGAAACAUAACGGUACAAGGUACAGUAAUUGAUCUUACUCCAGAAUGUACACGCAUCAUUCUACCUGGAUUUAUUUUAAGAUUUUCUUGGUUGAAUAGAGAAGAGACAUGCCAAGGAAAGGGCUCUCUAGGAUUUGUGGAACCUAUCCUAUUGAUUGAAUUUUCAAUUUUUUUUUUUUACUACGACCACUUUUCAAGAGCAUUUUUAGGUUCGCCAUAAAAUUAAGAGGAAUGUAGCGAUUUCCCAUCCCCCACUACACACACAGCCUCCCCAUUAUUACCAACAUCCCCACCAGAUGGUGCAUUUGUUACAUUCGAUGAACCUGCACUGUCACGUCACUGUCACCCAGAGUCUGCAGCUUACAUUCGGGUCACUCUUGCUGUACUUCGAUGGGUUCAGACAAAUGUAUGAUGACAUGUCCCCACCAUUAUAUCAUACAGACUACCUACAGCCCUAAAACCUCUGCGCUCCAUCUUCUCCCCUGGCCCCAACCCACAAGCCCUGAUCUGGUCCUGUCCCGAUGGUUUGGUCUUUCCCAGAACAUCACACAGCUGGGCUAACACAGUGUGUAGCUUUUCACAUUGGCUUCUUCCACUUAGUAACAUGUGUUGACGCUUCCUCUGUGUCUUUUCAUGGCUGAUGGCUCAUUUCUUUUUAGCUGAAUAAUACUCCGUUGUCUGGAUGAUCUAUUUUAAUGAAUACUUUAAUGUUAAUCUGAAAACUAAAGAACAAAAAAUGCCUUUGUGAGUUUAUCGUUUCCAUGUUUAUAUGUUUAUAUUCUUUUUUGGAAGAAUAACGAUUUGGAUCUUAUACAUUUAAAUAGCUUCUCUAAUAUACCAUUAAAAUAUUAAAUGCUGUCAAAAAAACU